CCUUGUUUUUGGAGAUGCUGAGAUAAAAAGUUGUAUUUAAGAGCUGCUGCUGCUCUUGUGAAGUAUCCACACUCGGACAGACUGAAGCUACGCUGAGACACGAGACGAGAAGCAUCAUCUCAUCAUCAACGUCACGAUGAAGCUCCUGGCUCUCUGCGCUCUCCUCUGUGCCAUGGUGGCUCUGAGCAGCGCUGAAGCUGCUGCAGAGCCGGAACCUGAGAACGCAAAAUCAGAGGUCGAUGUUGACAAGAGGACGUGCUGGUGGAGGCGUCCUUGUAGGCCUAAGAUCGUUCACAGGUGGAGGCGUCCUUGUAGGCCUAAGAUCGUUCACAGGUGGAGGCGUCCUUGUAGGCCUAAGAUCGUUCACAGGUGGAGGCGUCCUUGUAGGCCUAAGAUCGUUCACAGGUGGAGGCGUCCUUGUAGGCCUAAGAUCGUUCACAGGUGGAGGCGUCCUUGUUGGCCUAAGAUCGUUCACAGGUGGAGGCGUCCUUGUAGGCCUAAGAUCGUUCACAGGUGGAAGCGUCCUUGUAGGCCUAAGAUCGUUCACAGGUGGAAGCGUCCUUGUUGGACCAAGAUCGGUUGCCGCUAUUUCUUCUACGUUCGAAAACCUCUGACUUGGCAUCAGGCUGAGAGGAACUGCCGCCGCCUCGGUGGACACCUGGCAUCUGUGCAUUCAAGACGGCAGUACCUUAAAAUCAGAGCGCUGAUAAAAAAGAGCUCUAGGGGGAGUCCAGCGACUUGGAUUGGAGGCACUGAUCGGUGUAGGGAGGGUCAUUGGCGCUGGAGUGAUGGUUCCCGCCUCAACUACAAAAACUGGUGCUGUGGAGAACCAAACAAUGCUGGAAAUCAGGACUGCUUGCAGAUGAAUUUCUCCCGUCGCAAAUGCUGGGAUGAUGCCCAGUGUUGGCUUAAGCGUCCCUCCGUCUGUGUCAGAAACAGGAGACGGUGAUUUCUGGUCCGAUUCGAAAGGCAUGAAGAACCUGGAACGCUCUAAAUCUCUUUUAUUCUCUCUCUCUAUCUUCUCUAUCGCUGUAACGCUAAAAGAAAGACGCGACACGUGACGACAACAGGAGCUGGAUUGUCUCUGAGGCCUCGUGCCCGUAAUAAGUUCAGACUGAAUGUGUAAUGGAAAGGAUGCUUUAAGCACAUCUUAAUUUUUUCUUUUAAAUGAACCUUUUUCUUCCUUUUCUUAUGCAAAAUAAAAAAAGCUUUGAGCAUUGAAA